UCUCUCUCCCUCCCUCCCUCCUUCCCUUUCCAUCCUCUGGUUAGAGCUGCUGAAUUAUUAAACAUCAGACUGGGCUCGGCUGUGGAGCCAGGAGAUAGAUGGAGAGCCAGUGAGAUGUAAAGAUGGAGAGCGGAAGAGGGAAGCAUGGAGGUGUCCGACACUGCAGGGAGCUGUGAGUCAGCAUUGAGAGAGAGAGCACGAGUGGAGAGAGGGAGAGUUCAUAGAUAGGUGAUACGGCUGCAGAGAGCAGCGUCAAAUGCCUCCUGGUGCGUUUGUGUACGUGCGUGUGCAUGCGCCUAUCGAUUGAAGAGAGAAGGUCACAGAGCCGGGAGGAGAUUAGCGAAGCAGACUCAGGGAGCUAACGCCUCCUCUGAAUAGCAGCUAGACAGGAAGAAGAGAGACAAAAGAGACGGAGAGAAGGACGAGAGGAGCUGCAACAGUAUGGGGGAGAGCUACGUGUACCAGAGACUCCCCUACGCCAGAGGAGAGGAGGAGGGGGAGGAGGACGAGGAAGAGGAGAGAGACAGGGGGAUCCAAGAGAGAGUCGGGGGACAAAUGAUGCAGGGUGAGGAGGGGACGGAGUGGCUGCUGGAGCUGCUGACAGACGUGCAGCUGCAGCAGUACUUCCUGCGGAUCCGUGAUGAGCUCAAUGUCACGCGACUCUCCCACUUUGACUACGUCAAGAAUGAAGACCUGGAGAAGAUCGGCAUGGGGCGCCCUGGUCAGAGGAGGCUUUGGGAGGCUGUCAAGAGGAGGAGGGCUCUUUAUAAACGCAAGUCCUGGAUGAGCAAGGUGUUUCCAGUGAAACGACCUGACGCGGACCCUCAGCUCCCCCUUCCCGGAGGCGCCUCAUCCAGCCCUGCCCCAGGAAACAGCGACUCAGCGGCCUCCCUCACCUGCCUGAUCAGAGAGACUGAGCUGCAGCUGUUGGAGCGUUUGGGAGACGGGACAUUUGGCGUGGUGCGGCGAGGGGAGUGGACCGGACCAAACGGAAGAAUGUUGACAGUUGCGGUGAAGUGUCUGAAAGCGGGCGUGUUGGACUCGGACGGUCUGGACGACUUCAUCAGAGAAGUGAACGCCAUGCAUUCACUGAGUCACCAGAACCUCAUCCGCCUGCACGGCAUCGUCCUCACGCAGCCCAUGAAGAUGGUGACUGAACUGGCCCCUCUGGGUUCCCUGUUGGACCGUCUGAGAAAGCGUCAAGGUCACAUCCUCAUCCUCUCUCUGUGCAACUACGCCGUGCAGGUGGCGUGUGGCAUGGCCUACCUGGAGCAGAGACGUUUCCUCCACAGAGACCUGGCGGCACGCAACGUUCUGCUUUCCACCAAUGAAACUGUGAAGAUCGGGGACUUUGGUCUGAUGAGGGCGCUGCCAACUCACACAGACCAAUACAUCAUGGAGGAGGGCCACAAAAUCCCCUUUCCAUGGUGUGCUCCAGAGUCUCUGAAGUCUCGUUCUUUCUCUCAUGCAUCUGACACCUGGAUGUUUGGGGUCACUCUUUGGGAGAUGUUUACACACGGACAGGAGCCAUGGAUGGGCCUGAAUGGAAGCCAGAUCCUCCACAAGGUGGACGUUGAAGCUGAGAGGCUGAGUAAACCAGAGGAUUGUCCUCAGGAUAUCUACAACGUCAUGCUGCAGUGCUGGAGCCCCAAACCUGAAGACAGGCCCACCUUCAUCGCCCUCAGAGACUUCCUGCUCGAGACAAUGCCCACUGAUAUGAGAGCGUUGCAGGACUUUGAGGAGGAAGACAAGCUCCAGAUUAAAAUGAACGACGUCAUCACCAUCAUAGAGGGAAGGGCAGAGCACUACUGGUGGCGAGGUCAGAACAGGCGGACACUGCGCAUCGGUCAGUUUCCCCGUCACGUGGUGACUUCAGUCGCCGGUUUGUCCGCUCAGGACAUCAGCCGACCUCUCAAGCACUCCUUCAUCCACACCGGACACGGGGACACAGACCCUCACAGGAGCUGGGGACACGCAGAUCGCAUAGACAGUCUGUAUUUGGGGAACCCUAUGGACCCUCCUGAUGUCCUAGGAAUGGAUCCAGGUAUUGCAAGGCCAACAAAACUCCCAAAUCGUGCCAAGAAGCAACCUCCUCCUCGUCCACCCCAACCUGCUGUCCUGCUGAAGAAGCCGUUCUACGACUCUGUGAUGGACGACUACGACGACGAUGACGACCCCAGCACUUCAUCAGGGCUGAAGAGGCUGGGAGUGUCUCUGGGUCUGAAGCUCCGGCCGUGGGAGGGGGGCGGCGUGCGCUCGGCCAAAAGCGAGGUGUCGCUCAUCGACUUUACUGACGACAGCUUCAGCUCGACCACGCCUUCGCCGCUCACUGAGUCCCGGCAGCCGGACGAGGACACACUAAAGGACACUCCAUCCAUCCUAGACUGGCCUCUCCCUCAGCCAGCUUACGACGAGGUCACCGCAGACCUCGAAGACCAAUCAGAGGACCAGGAAGUGAGGUCCAUCAACAUAGGCCUAACUGAAGAGACGUCCGCCUCAGGGGGCAGCAGCGGCGGUAUGUCAGGCAGGAGCGAGUCUCAGUCAGCUGAUCUCUUCCAGGAGCUUCAGAGAGAGGUGAUGGUGAAGCUGCAGGUUCCAAUGUCAACAGGCCGUUCUCUCCCCUCCUCCCCUCUUCCUCUGCCUCUAGCACCUUUAGGCCCCUAUCGACAGAUCCACUUGCCUCCUUCCUCCCCUUCCUCCAACUCCACCUCCUCCUUCGCUUCCUGCUUUGAGGACCGGCCUGUGCUCCCCCCUCGCAGCCCCGUCCCCCCGAUGCGCCCUUCCAAACACAACCUCCCCGCCCGCUCCGCUAACCCACAGUCCCGCUCCAGCUCCAUCUCCCUGGGCGAGCCCGACGACACGCCCCCCCAGAUCCCACCCCGAGACCAUGCCUUUUCUCAGCCAGGCUCACGCUCCUCCUCUCCCCUCCCACUCAUCCCACCACUGUCCUCCUCCCCCGUGAUCCUCCCUCCUCCUCCCCUCUCUGUCUCCCCUCGCCGGGCAUCCGGACUCCUGGGUCCCCUCCUCUCGUCCACCUCGUCCCUGCCUCCAGUGACAUCGCAGUCCUCACGGCUCACAAUUCGUGGCUCCAACUACUCGUCCAGCUCCUUCCUGGAUCCCCUCCCCUACCGUGAGGCACGGGGCCUAUCCUCUCUGAUAGAAAGCUCACAGAGUUCUGUUCCCGCCCCCUUGCCUGAUCGACCCGCUUAUAUGGAAAAAUAUGGAUCAGCCAACAUGGCAGCAGUCAAACCCAUGAUACAACAGCCAGGAGGAGCCAAACCAAACUCCUCCUACAACAAUAACAAUGGGCGCACUCCAGCUCCCAUCAUGCACAAGGAGCAGAGCAUCACACAGGUCCAAGGGGCAGUACACGGUGUCACGCUGGAGGAGUGUCAGACAGCUCUGCAGAGUCACAACUGGAGUGUCCCUCAGGCCGUCAAUCAUUUGAAGGUGGAGCAGUUGUUUCGUCUGGGCCUGCGCUCCAGAGCCGAGUGUGAGGAGCUCCUUCAGCGCUGUGACGGGAACCUUGAGGAGUCUAGCACGCUCAUGCUGGACUCUUAUGGACCUCAUCGAAGCAUGAAGUGACAGCAGGAGGACAAACUGAGCCGUGAUCAGCCACAAAUGAGCUCGAGAAGUCACCUGGAUCAGCACACCGGUCCUGACCUGCUGGAUGACUCAUCUCUACAAGGAGGACACAGUAAUCAUUCUUCAUGAAUGGAGAAACAUAAAGCAGUAUACUGUAUGUGCCUCACAUUAUGUACUGUGAACACCUGCAAUCACCUGUGUCAUACACACACAUCCUCAGCUAACAAAGCGGCUCGUUGAAUGAGUCACAGUUUACUUGAACAGUUGCUGUCAGUGUUUUUUUUAUGAUCGCAUUUGUCGAGAGAUUUCAAGUUUUUUUUGCUGCAAACUUAUUUUGGGUGUGAAUUGUGCUCUGGAGGCGUGCAUGUUAAAGCACAUACAGAUACACUGUAAGCUUACAUUCAUACUGUAAAACACUAAAUGUCCAUGCAUUUUUUUUGCUGUUCAUAAAGCUAUUAAAUCAGGGAAAUGUUAGCUUAUGUUAAAGAUGUACUUGUAUGUUAGUAUGAAUCUGUAUGGACAGGAUGCUGUAUUUUGUAUGGCACUUUACUGAGUGUGUCCAUAUUGUGAGGACACAUCUGCUGGUCAGAAGAUGAUAAACAAUUUAUACAGUUGUGGAUGAAGUAAGGCUUUUUAGUCUUCAUGAAGCUGUGAUUUGUGGAAGGUUUAGAUUUUUAAUUUUGUCCUCACAGAGGCAUUACGAUCAAAACAAAUGUGAAAAUAUCCACUCUCUCCUUAUGGUUACAGGGUUUUAGCCUUUUAGUUCAUCCUUCGCAGAUCAGAUAUUUAAUAUAUGGAUGUUACAUAUUUCUUUCUAUAACUCAACGGCUGCAUGAUAAUCAAAAACACAAGCUGAAGCAUCAAAGGCAACUGCGUUUCUUAACCUUUCGCUUGAGCAGCGAUGCAGGUAGUAAUCCCCAAGAGCUAAACAGAUAUACGUUAGUUUCUGCAGAUAUUGAUCUUAGAUGUGGCGGCUUACUGUUUAGGAGUAAAAAAGUGGCUUAACAGAGUAGAAAUAGAUAUCAAAUAGUCUGUUCUUGUUGCUGCUUUGCAUGGAAAGAGGUCAUAAGCUAGAGGCUGCUCUCUUCUGCAGGACAAUAUAUUUAGAAGUAUUGAAUUGUUGACUGGAAAUGUUUAUGUUUAUGUUUGUUUGUGUGUGUGUGUGUGUGUGUGUGUGUGUGUGUGUGUGUGUGUGUGUGUGUGUAAGGUAUCCUUACCCUUCUCUUAUGCUCUGCUGUAAGCUCUCGUAGUCAUUGUUUGUGACGCUGACUGCUUAUACUGUAACAUUACAGCAGCUUAUUAAUGAACAAUGCAAACAUGGCCUCUGUUGUUUUUAUAAUAAAGUGAAAUUGAGUCUCUCUUUUCAAAA